AAAUCCCAUAAUAUACGGACAGUAGCUAUCCCUCUUUUUUUUUUAAAAAACCUUAUUUGAUAGUCAAGACUUAACAAUGGUUAACAGAAUUCAUUCUCAAUUGUGUAUCAAUCAUUUUUAAUAAACAAAACUCUAUAUCUCAAUUAUCAAUACCUUUUUAUAUGAAUAAACUCAACACAAUAAUAAUGAAUAACGAUCAAUGUGAUGAUGUAGUUAUGCAGGAAGAAGUGACAAAACAAAGAAUGUUGGCCCAGAAAAAAGAAAAAAAGAUAAAAAUUAUUCGGAUUUUGACCGUAAUCGCAUAUCUAGUGUCCGUGUCUACUGUGGCUACCAUGUUGUCAGCUUAUUAUAUUUUUGUCUGGAACCCACAAACUGGUAAUAUUACACAAACUCCUAAUGCUGAAAGAUUGGUUACAGCAUUAAAGAGGGCUAGUAGUGAAUACGUUUUCGCUAAAAGUGCUGGCAAUGAAUACACAGAUAAUGGAAGAUUUAUAACUGAAGUAAAAAAUAGUUAUAAAACUAACGAUCAAAUCAAAAAUCCACAACGGUCCAUUCAAUUUCAAACAUCGACAAUCAAAUCUUCGACGUCUCGCAUUCAAACGCCAAUCGGUAACAUUUCAGAAUCAAUAAUUGUGGCUAAAAAUUUAUCAUAGCCUUAAAUGAACAAAUAUAAUAUUGUAAUUACAUAAUAUUAUUAUUGUAUCUAAAUUUAAUUUUAAAUUUUGUUACGAAUUAAAAUAAAAAAUAGAAGCAUUGUUUACAGUGACGACGUGAUGCACAUUUAUGUGAUUAUUAUUAUGUUAUGUCACGUGUUAAACAUAAAAUAGAAUUAGGCCAUUAACGAGCGAAUUUUGUGGAUUCAUCUACCUACGUAUAGUUAAAAAAAAAACAAUUGAUCAUGAAAAAAUACUUUUGUAAAAUUGUUAUUUGUAUAAUGGCUUUACUCAUAUAGUUAUGACUUAAUACAUUUUUUUUCCUUUUUACAAAUAGGUAUCUGGGUUUAUAUUUUACUAAAACAGCGGUCAACAGUUAACUUUACUUUUUUAUUAUCACUUGGUUUCCACCAAACACAAAAUUUCAUAGUACACACGUUACUACUACACUAUGCAUUUGCAUUUUUAAGUUGCUUAUUUUCUUUAUCACCAUUGUAUUUUUUUUUAUAUAUUUUAUAAUUCCACGUAAAAUCAUGAAUAAUCAAUAACUUACUGUAUUUUGAUAUAUUAUAUCGUUUUAAUGAUAUAUUCUUAUAAUAUAUAUAUCGUUUUGAUAUAGAUAUGUGUAGGAUCUACAAUAAAACUUGGAUUAAUUUGUAUGGUAUGUAUUUAAUUUAGUCUCAUAAUAUACCUAACCUACAUUAUAGAUAUGGGUUUCCAGUCAUAUUAUUGUAAGCUACUAGAUAUAUAAUUGUUAAAAAUAUAAACGUGUAAUUAUGUAAUACAUUAUUUUGCAUAUUAAUAUUGUUAUAAAAAUAUUGAUUUUAUUUAUAACUUAAAAAUGUUUAUA